AAAUACACGGCUGCUUUAGCUUAGAGCGCUGAUGUAGAGAUUCAGUGACUCUAGUUACAUUAAUUCAAGAAACAGUGAUCGUCAAACCUCACCAAACUAUUGAAGCGCAAUGUCCAACGAAGGAUUUCUUAUCAUGUUCCUGCUUGCUAUCCUUGCUUAUGUCGCGGUACUCGUCGAAUCACAAAACGCAUCAGGUCAAACGAUGGACGAGGUCAUCGCCGGCAGGGCAGUCAGGAACAAGAGAUGCACUGAGUACGCUAAGGAAGACUACCCCAUGCGUCAAGAGCUGGACAUCCUGCUGUCCCGGGGAAUAUGGCGAACACCCCCGGCAACCCACACUAUGUCUAUGGACAAGAAUACAGAAGAAGCGCCGAGACGUAAAAAAAGAAAUGCCGUAAUAAACACGGACAUGCAUUGGCGACAAAAUGCUAUUCCUUAUAGAAUAGAUCCUACAUUCACCGACAGAGAAAAAAACAGAAUCACCACAGCCAUCAAAGAAUGGACGAGGUAUACCUGUGUCAGAAUGUGGCAGGCAAGCAAAGUGAACACUGAUUUGAUUUACUUCGCGAAAAAUCCAUACUACUGCGAAUCAAACGUGGGGAGGGUAGAGGGGCUACAGCGGAUUCAGUUGACCCACAACUGCACGCGGAAAUCUACCGUAGCGCAUGAGAUUGGGCAUGCAUUGGGGCUCCAACACGAACACAUGCGCGCGGACAGAGACAAGUACGUUGAAAUAGUUUGGAACAAUAUUGAGGUUGGGAUGGUUUAUGCUUUUGAUAUAGUGCCCCACGACGAUUUUACCUCCAUUGGCCCUUACGAUUACCUUAGCAUCAUGCACUACGGUCCAACCUAUAUGUCUGGGAAUGGUGGAGUCACGAUAAAAACAAAGGACCCUAAGUUCCAGGAUAAAAUUGGUUUAACCAAGCGGGUGAGCUUUCAUGAUUAUAUGAAAAUCAACCACUUGUAUAAAUGCGCGGACCAUUGCUCGAAAUCACGGAAAUGCCCUGAGGGUGCGUUUAAAGGCAAAGAUUGCAAAUGUUGGUGUCAAGGGAGCUACAGAUUCCCCAUCAAACUUUGCGGAACGUAAAUUCGCGAUUUUUUUUUUUGGAAUACUCGCAUCAUUUGAUGCAAUCUUUGUUUUAUGCUCAAAAUUUGAUUUUUAUCUUAAGGUAUCAAUCCAUGACACGAAUUUUAGAUCUUGAAUUAAAUUUUAAAUAUUUAAAAUCUAUCUUUAAAAAAAAAUCCCUCUCUUCGCCGAUCACAAAGGUUUGAAUUCAGAUUGCGAAACAUUGCCGAAUUAAAAUUAAUGUUUUUUUUUUGGAAUUUACAUCAGCUUUACGGCUACCGGGGUAUUAACUUAUAAUGGUUAAUUGCAUAAUUAGUCAUUAAUUACCGCUAAAAUUUCGUCAAUUUACUUUUCAUUUUAGUAUUCUUUAAAAAGAUAGUCCACAAUACUAAAGUGUAGACAGAAAAAGUAUGGGCUAGAGUUUUAGAAAUUUGCUUCAAGUAACUUUGACAACAAAAUAAAGUUUGAAUAUGUAAUAUAUUUAAAAAUAAAAAAUAAACUCAAUCUUAAUUACAAAAAUAGUUCAAAUUAACUACGUUACAAGACAA